AUGUCAGUAUUAAGUCAUGAUGCUAUCAUAAAAGCUUUUCAAACAAAAGAGAUUGUUAUCACCCCAUUAAAUGAAAAUGCUGUUGGACCAGCAAGUGUUGAUUUAAGUCUUGACAAUGAAUUUAGAAUAUUUAAAAAUACAGAUUCUCCAUUGGACAUUAAAGAGUCUACUAAUUAUAGAGAGGAAACAGACGUUGUUACAAUUAAAGAUGGAGAGUAUUUUGAAGUGCAACCACACACCACUUGUCUUGGUAUUACAAGAGAGACAGUUACAUUGAGUAAUGGAAUUUGUGGAUUAUUAGAAGGAAGAUCAAGAUUUGCUCGAUUAGGACUUUUUGUUCAUAUCACUGCAUCAUUUAUGAACCCAGGAAUUUCAAAUAGACAAGUUUUAGAAAUAUAUAAUUCAUCAAAUAGAGUAAUCCGUUUGUAUCCAGGAGAGAGAGUAUGUCAAAUGAUAUUUAUGAGAAUGGAUGGAACUGCCCAAUAUAAAGGUAUCUUUGAACAUAAUUAUUUAUAA